UGAAACCCAAACUUUUGAACGGUAGGUUGUGUGUGUGUAUGUUUUCCAGUUUGCACACAGUACAGUAUUUUGCAGCACUCAACCCGGUGGGACCUCCUUUUGUGAAUGCAUAUAAUAAGUCAGGCUUGCCAUAAUGUCCUUUGACUAUCUGCCUUAGGAUAACUGAAUAUCUGACGUGUGAGCCGAGUUCACAUAAGCAGACAUGCUGGAUGGGGCUCAGUUCGUUGAGGCAUUGUCACGGUUGGGUUACCCACGGGCGUCUGUGCUGAAAGGUUCUGAAUUUGACUGGUUAUUUGACACCGCACCAGAAAACCUGCACCUUUUACGUGUCGUCUGCAACCGCCUAAACCGCAACAAUGUUCUAACGCCAGAAGAAUUGCAAGCAUACAAGGCACUCCGGGAGUCUGGUAAGCUCAACUUGGAUGAGGCAACUCUGGCUGAGCUGCUUAAAACCUGCUUGCCCGUGGAUGGAGGUGUAGGGUCACAGGGCGGUUCUGCGCUGGGUGGAGAGGGAAAUGUGACAAUUGAGGACCUCGAGACAGAACUUCAAGCUCUCCGAGAGGAAAAGCAGCUAAAACAACGCAGACUCAACAAGCUGCAGAUGCUAGCUACCAACUGGGGUGCGAACUCCUCUGCAUCCCAAGCACUGCUGCAGGAAGGAGGCAAUGUGGUAAAAGAUGCCAACUCUGCCUUGGCAGCUGAAAAUGCAUGCACCAACUCAGCAGUAGAGAACGUAUCAAAGGAGACCACCAAACUGGCUGGCUUUUUCCAAACCCGCCCUCAUUUCCUUGGGAGUAAAGAUGGAGCCGCUCCACCUUUAGUUCCUCAAUCAGGAACCCCAGUACUCCCCUCUCAGUUGUCUCUAGAGCCGUUCCUCCAGCAACAGGAGCAAUUCACCAAAGCGUUGGCUGCCUACACUCAGCGUCAGUUCUUUCAGGGCAUCUCGGACAUGAUGGAGAGCUCCACAUUCAAUCGCUGCCAGCUGACAAAUCUGAGCUGCUGCAGUGAGAAUGAGGAAGAAGAGAAUGAUGGACUAGUGGAGCUCAGGAGGAAAGAGAUGGCACAACUCCAGUGGGCAUAUAUAGUGGCACAGUACCAGCUGGUGAAAGAGAGGGCAGAGGAGUGUGGUGACAAAGCAGCAAAAGAGUGGCUCAUCCAGCAAAUGAAAAGCAGCACAGAGUCUCUGUGCUACUCACAUGUGAGCAGGCUUGAGCCUGAUCUACGGUCUGAGAUCCUCUCAAUUCAGUCUGAAAUUCAGUCUCUAAUGUUAGACCCUGUCCGCUCCGCAUUACGAGACUGUGCCCGCCUCCUUAACAUCCCCGUGGUGCGUGGUGACCUCACUCUUCAAGUAGCCAGGCAAAAUUACUACACCUCCAGACAGAGCGAAGUUCGCAACCAGCUUCUCAGUCAGAAGGCCUUCUUCGAACUUGUGCGUCUGGCCCAGGAUGCUGAGCUCCUUAGGGGGAAGAGGGUGAUGGAGCAACUUGAUGAAAUGGUGAAGAGGCUAGAGGGGGCAGCAGAAGCUGCUACUCAGAGAGAAAACACUCUGACACAAACUCACUUGACUCAAGUCCCCUACCUUGGUCCUAAUGCUAAACAACAGAUCAUGAGCUCCAAAGACACAGCCUUUAGCAGGUUGCUGCAGAUGCUCGAGAUGGGUAAGUCCUCAAUGGAAAGAGAGGAUCCAUUCCAAACCUACGAUAGGCUGGAAACAGCAGCCUCCAACCUACAGGAGAAUCUGGUCAAUGUACAAGAGGCUUUGGAUGGGGCCAGACGAGAGCAAGCCUUUACUGGAGCUCGUUUAGAAAGUGACCGAGAUGCGCUCGACCAAGUGGCGUACUCGGACAUUGUGCAGCCUCUCCUGAGGCCGCAGGUAUGUGCUACAGCCAAAUCUGCACUGGAGCUCUGCCCUCAUGCACAGGAGCUCACAAUUGUUCUAGAUGAGCUGGAGGUCAAGCAAAAGACCUUGUACGCACUUCUUCAGGAUAUAGUUGGAGACUUGAAGGCCAAACGAGGGAGACUUGAACGCAGUGCCUCCCUGAGGAGAGAGAGGGAACUCUAUGUCUAUUUCCAUCUGGAUCCAAGACUGCUCAGUAGAGCAGUGAGAGAUAUAGAGGCUAGAGCAGGAAUGUAGAAUCAGAUCUCCUUUGUCUUCACCAGCCAACAUAUACAGAGGUCCCUGCUGCAAAAAUAUGUCUGACUGAGAAAUGAAUGUUAGAUGGAGAUUAGGACAUGGACCAUUGUUGCUUUUAUGUUGUCAGCUCC